AUGUAUUAUUUAGUGAAAAGUUAAUAAAAUGUACAACCGCCAGUACUAAUCAAGGAGGUGAUACAGUUACACAACCAAGUACACAACCAGGUACACAUCAAGAUACACAAUCAAGUACACUUCCAGGUCCAACACCAGGUGCAUCUUCAGAUCCAGGUACAGGUCCAACAACAGGUGCAUCUUCAGGUCCAGGUACAGGUCCAACUUCACCUAAAUCACCAAGUCCUCCUGCUGAUGAUACAAAAAAUAGUGGUUCCGCAAACGAUGCAGAUUCUUCAUCUUCAAAAAUAGAAAUCCCUCCAUUAGUAAAGCCUGAAAAUAAUAAAACUAUAGAUUCUGCUAUGUUAAAAAAUUAUAAAGGUGUAAAAGUUACUGGAACAUGUGGUGCAGAUUUUGGUUUAUUUUUAGUACCUCAUAUUUAUGUUCAUGUUAAAUCAAAAGAUACUGAAAUUGAAUUAUCAUCAGAAUUAGCACCACCAGAAAUGCAAACAAAAUUUGAUAAGACUCAAUUGAAAAAUUUUUGUUUGGAAAAUGAUACAAAAAAAUUUAAUUUCAUAGCGUAUAUUUAUAAGGAUAUCCUGGUUUUUAAAUGGAAAGUAUACACAGAAGGACCAUCCACGACACAAGAAAUUGAUGAAAUGAAGUAUUUAUUACCCAACUUAAAACAACCAAUAACAUCCAUUCAAGUACAUAGCUGGACAGGAACUAAAGAAUCUUACAUACUUGAAAGUAAAGAUUAUGACUUAGGAGAAGGAAUGCCUGAAAAAUGUGAUGCUAUAGCUACCGACUGUUUCUUAAGUGGAUUUACUGAUAUCGGAAAAUGUUUCCAAUGUAAAUUGUUAAUGCAAGAAAAAAAUAUAAAUGAUUCUUGUUUCAAAUAUGUCUCUAAUAAUCAAAAGGAAUUAAUAAAGAAGCAAUUAAAAAUCACAGCACAAGAUGAUGAAGAAUCUAGCGAAUAUCAUUUGAGCGAAUCAAUAAAGACACUAUUGAAAAAUAUAUACAAACACAAUAAUGAUGAUAAUAAGAAAAAAGAACUAUUACAUUUUGAAAAUGUGAAUAGCGAUUUAAAAUCUGAAUUAUUAAAUUAUUGUAAUUUAUUAAAAGAAGUAAAUAUGAAUGGUGUUUUGAAAGAUCACCAAUUAGGUAAUGUACAAGAUGUAUUUAAUAACUUAACAAAAUUAUUAGAAGAACAUAAAGAAGAAAAUGAUAAUGUACUUUAUCAUAAAAUGAAAAAUGAAGCAUUGUGUUUAAAAAAUGUAAAUGACUGGAUGAAAAAUAAAACAGGAUUACUAUUACCACAAUUAUCAUAUGAUCUAACAUAUAAGAACAAUAAUUUUACAGAAGUCACACAAAAUAAAACUUACACUUCUCAAAAUAUUGUAGAUAAAUUAUAUUGUAAUCAUGAAUAUUGUAAUAGAUUAAAAGAUCAUAAUAAUUGUAUAUCCAAAAUAAAUGUAGAAGAUCAAAAGAAUUGUGCCUUAUCAUGGGCCUUUGCAUCUAAAUACCAUUUAGAAACUAUAAAAUGUAUGAAAGGAUAUGAACCUCUAAAUGCAUCUGUAUUAUAUGUCGCAAAUUGUCUUAAAAACAAAAAUAAAGAUAUAUGUACUGAAGGAUCGAAUCCUUUAGUAUUCUUAGAAACAGUUGAAGAAAAGGGAUUCUUGCCAACAGAAUCGAAUUAUCCAUAUGAUCAAUUUAAAGUUGGAGACAUAUGUCCACAAGUACAAAACGAUUGGGAUAAUGCAUUCGAAAAUACAAAAGUAUUAGAUUAUAACAAUGCACCUUUUUCUGUCGGUACUAAAGGAUAUACUGCAUAUGAAAGUGAACAUUUUAAAGAUAAAAUGGAUACAUUUAUUAAAUUAGUAAAAGAUGAAAUUGUGAACAAAGGUUCAGUUAUUGCUUAUGUAAAAGCUGAAAAUCUUUUGGGUUAUGAACUAAACGGAAAGAAAGUUCAAAACUUAUGUGGUGAUAAAAAACCUGAUCAUGUAGUUAAUAUUGUUGGUUAUGGUAAUUAUAUAAAUGAUGAAGAUGAGAAAAAAUCUUAUUGGAUUGUAAGAAAUAGUUGGGGUAAAUAUUGGGGAGACGAUGGUUACUUUAAAGUUGAUAUGUAUGGACCAUCAACAUGUGAAGAUAAUUUCAUUCAUAGUGUAGUUAUAUUCAAUGUUGAAGUACCUGUAAAUGAAAAUUUCGAUAAGAAGGAGCAUGAUAUAUAUAAUUACUACUUGAAAACUUCUCCAGAAUUUUAUCACAACCUUUACUAUAAAACAUUUAAUUCAAACAAAGAGGAAAAACCUUUGAACAAAAAUUCUUAUGUUUAUGGUCAAGAUACGACACAAGUAGGAAAUGA